AUGUGCGACAUGAUCAACAUAGCCGCUGACGAGGCCCGGCACUUCACCAUGGUCCGCACACGCCUGCGAGAGCUUAUUCCGGCACGUGAGGAAAUAAGAGCGGCCGCCAUCAAGAAUGGGAACGGAGCCCAGAAGCACUUGGUGUCUGUGGCUAUGGACUACGGAGACUUGCCAGCGCACGUGCAGUUGACAACACACUUGCAGUCGACCACUUCAGAUGUGCUGGCUCGGUUGGCGGUUGUUCCUCUGGUGCAAGAGGCGAG